UCCCCACCCCUAGCUCUGACCCAACCACAAAGCGCCGCCGUCUUGAAGAAAACCCUCGCGUGGCGAUGGCGCCUCCUUCAACGGAAGAGCAGCUCCGGCGUGGAUCAGAGGAAAUCGAGGUCCCCGGCCUUUCUGUUCACGGCGGCGGCCACCCCAGCAUUUGCACGGAUCAGCCGUCCGCCCUAGGCGGCCCGUCGGCCCAGAACACGGAACCCCGUGAUGACCAGGCGCUCGUGUCCGCAGAAUCAGAUCGGUUUUCCUCCCGCGCUCAUGAGGUCGUGAGCACAAAGGUGGACAUCGACGACCAGUCUCACGCCCAAGUGAUGGAGGAUGGCAGCGAUGACAAGGAUGGCAGCGAUGACGAGGAUGAUAUCGAUGAAUAUGGUGCCCAGAUGGUAGACGAGAACAGUGAUGAGGAGGAGGUUAGGGAUGAAUACUAUGCCCAAGUGAUUGACAAGGACAGCGAGACAAAUUGCCCAGGGAAAAACUACUCCAACGAAGAAGCGGAUGAAGUAGUGGCCAGAUGGUGUGGCAGUUUCAUCAAAGCGUUUAAUGACUGCUUGAACCUGCGUGAGGAGAUUCUAGCCCGGGGUGAUAAGAAUGCUCGUCUUCCUUCUUUUCCUCUGAAAGUACUCCCUGUGGUAACAAGUCUAUGCACUCAAAACAGCAUCUACUGCUACCACCGUGAAUACAUGACCCAUGACACUUCCACGACUGCAUCAAUUCUUGGGUAUGGCAAUCCAAGAACCAUGCUACAGGUCUUCUCUUUGCGCUUGGCAAGCUAUGAAUCCUAUCCCAUUAGUGUUUACGGGAUUAUCGCUGUUAGAGAUGUUCUGGAACCACGGCGGAAUCAUGUCUUUAACCGUCGCAGAGAUGAUGCUGUCACAGUGGAGCAGGAUUUUUUCACCUUACCUCUUUGUAGCCCUUGUCGAGGGAUGUAUGCACCGGAUCAGGCAUUACUGGAAGUUGAUCUUUGGGUGAAGGAGGGAGAUGGAUUGCCUGACGAACAGUUGCUCUCGGCAUAUGCUGAGGUUUAUUUCCAGUCACAUUUUAACGUGAUGCUAACAGGACGGAUUCCUGGUAACAGUUGCAGCUUGGAGAUGGACUUCAUGUUCCUCUCGUUGAGUGUCGAGGCCGUGAUACAAAUCUUUGCAAAGGUUGACCAUCCGCAUCGUCUGAGAUUUACCGCUUUCAGCAGUGGCUUUGAUCACGAGAUUGCGCUGUUCGGCGACAAAUUCGUCGGGGACGGGAGCCUAAACCAGCAUGUCGUCGCUGUGAGGGGGAAGGAAAAAUUGGAUGUUCGCUUACAAGUGGAGAAGAUGGUGUUCCAGUGGACUUUCCAAGAUGGGGUGGCUGGAGCUGUUGGUUCUCCAGACGACUCCGCCCUAGAGCAUGGCCAGUUCGUUGUGAGGGUGUUAUUUGCUCCAAAGGACUUACAACCAGUUAGGCCGUGCUUGGUAGCAGUGUAAUCAAAUACAGUCGUAUUAAUUUUCCAGGCGUAUCUUACCGGUUGCUAGCAGAUUUCCAGCCGGAAAAAAAAAACGACGAGGAGAGGUCUGUAUUUUUUCGACAGAGGUAUUUGUGUCAAAACGGUAAUCCAGACAGAACCUUAGACGA